AAUCUUCGCGCUUUCGAAGCGUUUUAAAUUAUAUUACACUCGAACUUUGGUCAUUACAUGUAUCAUUUAUCAUUUGUUUUCGGAAGGAUCAAUUAUCCAGCGCAAAGAGUCAUGUCUUCAGUAGUCAGGCCAAUUGUUAUCUUUGUUUUGGGUGGACCUGGAGCUGGCAAAGGCACACAAUGUGAGAAGAUUGUAAAGGUAGCGGUGAAAACAUCCUUUCUAGAAUGCAAACAAAUAUUUAAUUUGAAGCUUAACAACUGACCAUGCAAACGUGGCAAUCGAAUUACGUCCUCUCGUCACAGUUUUCAGUCUUUGAUUAUAAUGCGUAGUUUGAUUUUGAUACUGGCUGUAAUAUCGUUAAAGCAUACCUUUUUGAUCAAAUAACUUUGUUGCUACUAAUUGAAAGUUGUUUAUUUCAAACCAUUCUGUCACAAUAUUUUGAAUAUUUCCAUUAAAAACAGUCCGCACUUUCGAAAAAUGUACACUUAGUGGUAUCUAUAAUAUUAUCCAAGGUUUUAUGAGGCACUUUUAUAUGCACUUUUUCUGCCAAAAAGUAGAACUUCUGAGUUAAUGGGCUGUUACAUCCGUACACACCCCGGUUAAGGACUUAUCUUUUCUUCUUACCCUUGAAGAUUAAGUAUAACUAAACAACCGAACUAAACAAGGUUCCACUGUAUUAAUUUUGUAGUUUUUCAUAAUCCCAGUUUCUUGUCUAAUGUAUCUGUCUGUAUGUAUGUCAGGGUUACUUUGUCAUUCUAAAUGCAGUAUUUGCAAUAUUUUAUUGUAGGAAUUUGGAUACAUUCAUUUAUCAGCAGGGGAAUUAUUAAGAGUGGAAAGAGCCAGUGGCUCAGAAAAUGGAGACCUUAUUGAAACUUGUAUGAAGGAAGGAAAGAUUGUUCCUGUAGAAAUCACAAUAAGCUUGAUUGAAAAGGUACAACAUUUUGUUUUGAAUGUUUGUUUUGGUAUCAUGUUUUGUUUUCACUCUUUGUUGUUGUUGUAUAGGAGUACUUAGUUGUUGCUGUUUUGUCUUCUAUGAAAAAAUUGAAUUUGAGCGAGUUUCUUUUUCAGAGUAUGUCAUUGCAUGUAAAGUAGGCUUUCUUAUCAUGAUGUGACAAAUAUCAACAGCUCUAAGGACUACUAGCACAUCUGAAAAUUGACUUCUUGGUGGAAAACUACAAGACAUAAUCUUUAAAUUGUCAUUCUAGUUCAUAAUAACCUACUCUUAACUUUAUUAUUAGCAAAAUAAUAUUCUUCUCUGUUAACGCAAUGUAAAGCCUCUGACAGUAGACAUUUUUAAUUAUAAAAUUGUAAGUGGUUUGAACCCAGAACUCAUCUUGGUGAGUGUGUACAUGUACUUCCUGAGUAGAAAGUGAUUGACUUUUUAACGACCUCUACAUUAAUUUGCCAUCAUUAAAGUUGAUGGUCAUACUAAACUUGCUAUUUUAAGGUGAUCAGGUCUUUGUUAUUUUGCUAGGCAAUGAACAAAAGUAGCACAAAGAAAUUCCUCAUAGAUGGGUUUCCAAGGAAUGAAAAUAAUCUUCAAGGUUGGCAUAAAGUUAUGGAUGGAAAAGCGGAUGUGAAGUGUGUUUUAUUUUUCGAGUGCACAGAAGAGGUACAUACUUUGCCAGUACAAUCAAUUUGCAUUUUUGUUGAAAAUGUACAGCGUAGUUAUCUCUUGUUAUGUUGUGCAAGUCUGUCAUGAGUAUAUCACUGCAUAUCAUCACAUACAUUAUAUGCCAACUCUCCCAGAUUAUCUGUAAGUCUUCUUGAUAAAGCACCAAUCUCCUGGUCUUCUGGAUGGGUCACGAAAGCUCUAGUCUGCUACGCAGCCGUUUUUCUCCAACAUUCCUCCCCACAAAUGGCUGCUGAGAAUCGAACCACAUUCCUUUCCCUCGGUUAGCCAAUUAGAAUUCAGCUCCCAUUUUCUGGAAGGUGUUCACGCCACGUUUGUGGUACGGUGACUUCUCCAAUCACAGCUUUGUAUGCUUUUAUCGGUGCCCCAUGUGUGAAUGACGGAACAAUCAAAAUCGUGGCGUAAAGACAAGCAAUCACAUGGUGUUGUCAUUGAAAGUCCUUGAAAAUUACAGUUGGUGUGCUGAAAAGUCCUUGAAUUUUGGUGCUAACUGUAUCCAGGAUGACCCAGAUUCUCAAGUGCCUAACAGGAGCAAACACAGAAAGACCUUCAGGAUAAAAUUGGUCAUGUUGUGGAAAAAUGUAAAAAGAGAUACACUGAUGUAUACUCUUUUUUUGCACUGAAUGGAAUCCUUGAAAAUGGGAAAUGUGUCCUUGAAAGUCCUUAAAAGGUCCUUGAAUUUUUCAUUCAAAAAAGGGUAUGAACCUUGUAAUGCCUUAAUUCUGCUGCUACUGAAUUCAAUCCAUUUCUUUUUCAUAGUGAUUAACCAUGAAAAACAAGAAGACAAUGUUUGUUAUGGUCAUCAGGGUGUUUUAGUUACCAGAAGGGAAAAAGUAUAUAUAUAAUCAUGUUUAUCUUGAAGGUUAAUGCAUUAUUAAACAUCUCCCUGAAAACAGGAAUGUAUUAAGAGAAUAAUGCUGAGAGGAGAGUCAAGUGGGAGGCCUGAUGAUAACAUUGAGAGUCUUAAAAAGAGGUAUGUAUCCAACAGAAUUUUAAAUGCGUUCCCCCUUGUUAUUCACUGGGUUUUAAAGAAGUGUUGCUUGUGAAUUGUAUUUAAUUUUCCUUUUCUUAAUGAUUUUCAUUACAUGUAUGUUGCCUAUAAGGCACAAUAUUAUUUUUCUAUUCAGUCAUUGAUACAAACAUUUUCCUGUUCAUCCUGGAUAUCUCCAGCAUACUCAUGCUCAGCCAAAACUAUCAUAAUACAGGCCUUUGCAAAAACAAAACAAAACAAAUCAAAACAAAUUAUUAUUGGACAGAAGGCAAUUCAUUUUCCUUAGGCAGUGUGCUUUCUGUGGUUCCAAAAAUGGUUUGUGUGUCAGGGAACUUUUUUUCGGGUUUUGUGUGUUGCUUAGAGGAAUUCAUGCAUUUCAUGCUUCUAUGGCAUUCUUUGCAGCUUAAUCCCCUGAGCUGUUGGCAUUGUUUGUACCUUGCUAUCUUAUUCGUUUGCCAUCAUCUUGUCUGAUCCAGCGUAUGCAGUGCUAGGGAGAUAAGAAAGGCUUGAUCUGCUUGAUCUGCUUGAUCUGGUAUUGUCCUACCCCACGAUAGUGGGGCAAUAAGUGAGGCUGUGUGUAUUUGUGCGUGUAACCCAAAGUUGCUAAUUGCCUGCCACAGGGCUGUGUCCCCAUUACUAAGCCAUCUUGUUGUUUGUUGAUUUGGACUGCAUGCCCCUAUUUUAUUACGUAACUUUUCAUGGUGAUUUAACUUGGCAAAUGGUGACUUAAAUGCAGCAAUAGGUGCAAAACGAUUUGUUUCCACUUCAUAGGGGACUUAUUCAAGAGUUGUCCUCUCCUUAUUGAGUAGAAGUAAAACUUGAUUUUACGCGGCAAUAUUAAUUUUAACUGCCCGAUCAAUAUACCCUUCUUUCAUAGGUUUCAUACAUAUGAAACACAAACUAUGCCAAUUAUCCAACAUUAUGAGAAACUAGGACUUGUGAAAAAGAUCCAGGCAAUUAAAUCACCAGAACAGGUAAGGUGUUGCACCUGUAGCUUCGCAAGUAUGGUUAAUGGUGCAUUUGAAUUUACACUGCAAAUAGACCUUUUUACCCAUAUGGCAGCCAUAUUGAAUUAAAUGGAUUUAAUGAGUAUUAUGGCAUGACCAAGGAGCAUAAGCACGAUCCGAUAUAAUUGCAUCAGUAUUUACGGGCGCUUUUACGGCCAUUUCUCUUUAAGUUUUCCUAGAAAAAGAUUGUAAAGCAGGGCUUCUGAUAUUUCGCAGAAAAAAAGCAAAAUUUUGCGGGAUUUUCAGGGGCAAAUUCGCGGAAAAAUCGGCCGAUUUCGCGGGAAGAAAGUCAAAAUUCGCGGAAAGAUCAGCCGAUUUCUGGUAUUUUUGCAAGAAAAAGUCAAAAUUCACAGAAAAAUCGGCCGAUUUCGCGGGAUUUUUGCGGAAAAAAGUCAAAUUUCGAAGGAUUUUCAGAGGCAAAUUCUUAGAAAAAUCGGCCGAUUUCACGGGAAAUUUCGGGGGGAAACCUCGCCAUGAAACAAUCAGUAAAAAACAGCCUAUUUCGCUGGAUUUUGGGGGGGAAAUUUCGCUAAAAUCGAUCAAUUUUGCGUCGAUAUGACCAGCGUUGUUUAACGUUUUUUUAACCGGGACAAUCAUUUGCUCUUUCAACAACAGUUCGCUCGAAAAAUGAGCGAAUGCUAAAGAUAUUAAACAUUUUGGUUAGUGCCCAGUUUUUCGCAACGUUCAUCUAAAAACGCUUGGUAGUUUUGGGACGUUGUUUACUCGUUGCAGUGACGAAGUUUCAAGAUAAAUUUGGACGUUUGGGGUGAAUAAAACAGGUCUAAUAGCUAAGAUAAGUAUUAAAUAUGUUUUGCCGACAUGUAUUUGGAAAUAUUUCCGGCGGAUUUCACGGUAUUUCUCGUUUUUUGGGGAAUUUCGCGGGAUUUCGCGGAAAUACCUGAAUUUCGCGGGUCCGCGACCGCGCGAAAUAUCAGAAGCCCUGGUAAUGGGAAAAAAGAUCGCUGUGCCGCGUUUCGAUGUAAUAAUGAUCGCCUUUUUGCCAAGAAAUAUAUAAUAAUUUAUUGAAGUUCUCUUUUUGCCUGAAAAGUUCGUGUAAAUACUGAGCAAGUGCCCCCGGGUCAUCCAGUAAUACUCCUUAAAUCUGAUAAAUUCAAUUAUAUGGCUGCCAUAUUGGUAAAAAGGUCUGUUGUUUCUCUUUAACUUUUUUAUGGAUUAAGGGGCAUGGAAAAAGUUUGUACACUGUUUGUUUGUACACUGUAAGUGAUUCCAGAGACUUUGUGAGUCAUCUGAAAGUAGUUUAAAUUAGGCUGAAGACAGUUAACCUUUCUGGUUUCAAUGACUCUGACAUACAACAGUUGCCAGUGGUUUCAUGUACAUAUGUAACUGUCACGUCCUAGGCACAAUGUGCCAGGCAAGAAACAUUUGAAACUGGCAAGGUAGACUAUUCUCAGUGCAUACACAAUUGGCACAUGACGCGGGAAAUAAGAAUUCCUUUAGCCCAUCCGCCCCUGGAAAUUUUGCCGAAAAACACGUUUUAAAGCUAGUCAAGCAGUUUUCUGGUCACUGUCAUGCUGAAAGAGCUAAACUUUACCAUAAACCCAUGUACAGGUCAUACACUUCGUGGCCUUCUGAUCCAGGUACAAAAUAUUAGCUUGGGGAGUUCGGGCAUGGGCAGAAAGCAAAAUUUCUUCCCCCUCUUUUUUCACUUUUAUUGCCUCAUUUUUUUUUUUCUUUUACUGAGUAUUUAGUUGGCUUCAUUUUGGUGAGAAAAAAAUUUAGGAAAGCUUUUAGGAUCUUAGGAUUAGAUGAAAGGAGAGAUAGAUGGGUAGUGGAACAAGAUUUUCAUGGAUAUUUUCAGAUCAAUGUUACACAGUUUUUUGCUUUUCGCUCCAGUACCCUUGACUGAAUUGUGGUCACUCUGGUAUGGUUUAAAAGAUCUCUUUACUCUGCAGAAGUUAGCAGACAAAGUCGUCCUUGACAUUAAAACUGGUAACAUCACAAGCAGUAGAGGGACAUGGAUCGGCACGGGUGGUUACGGGCGGCUCAGGGAUGAAUGAGGCUUUAAUAAUUCCGUUGUGUUGGCAUGAUACCUUGUGGCCCUUGCUUAGAAUUGCUGGGUUUUUGCCCACCUCUUGGCCAGUUCAGUGGAGUUCAGUGGAAGUGACUUCAAAGUAUCGCCCCACCCACCUCCCCUGGUGGCAGUUGACGUCGCAUACUGUCAUUAUUCAGCAUGCCUAUUGUCCUGGCAGUUGUGGUUUCCUCCAGUAACUUAGUUCCCAGUGUCGGGACAAUGGGUAUGCAGUGCGUUGGAAUAUUAUACUGUCUUGAUCUCAUUGAAAUCCCUUCCUAUCCCUUUUCCCUGUUUAAGGCAGAGAGGUCCAAAAUUAUACCCUGUACAGCGGUAAAUCCCCCUGCCACCCUCGAGCUCCACGGGGUUUCUGUGUCAUUUUUUUCAUACUUCGGAAAUUUCCCCGUGGAAUCUCCAGUGAAACCAAGAGUUCAGUAGUGUACCACCUUUUGUCAUUAUUGACCACUACAAAAUUUUGCAUGAGCAUUGUCUUCAUUUUCUCUUGGGAGUUAAAAUGGCCCCAAGAGAAACUGUACACAAUGCUUAUGCAAAAUUUUGUGGUGACAAACAAAGAGCAUUAUGGUAUGUUAUGGUAUUUUCUGUAGUGGUCAGUUACUGGCAAACUACUCAUCUUCUGGUUCUGUUUAUUUUAUCAGGUAUUUGAAGAAGUUCAAAAUGCCCUCACAAGCCUUGGUGAUUGAAAAAGCUGUCCCAUUAGCUGAUGUCACAAUUUACAAUGUACUUUUCACUUUUUAGAAAUUUUUUUGAAAUUUUAUCUUCAUAAUUAUUUAGCAAUAUACAUGCACGGGGUUGCCACAGAUCAUGCUUGUGAAAGCUUCUCAACGUUAGAGAAACAGUUUGUUUCCUACGGAGACGUUAUUUAGGGUGUCAGCACUUUCUCCCGUGCAGAUGUAGGCUACGCAGCCAAUGCUAUUUCCGGGUGGAGCGCUUUGUAACGAGCGAAGGUCGUGGCAGCUUCGUAGGAGACUUACUAUUUUAUUCCUUUUGGGGAUUUGUUUUUCAAACAGGAAAAGUUGAACUUUUUAUGAAAAGGGUUGAUUUAUCGGGUUAUUUGAAUCACUAGGGAAAUCUUGUUACAAUAAUAUUUACUAAUAUUCCAAAGUUGGCCAUAUUCAACGCUGGUGUUUGCCUGCGGUGUAGGCUCUUUAUAGCUUUGCUGUGUACACCAGCGAUACAAAGGCGAGAUCAUCACGUUUACCGCAAUAAGCAAUGAGGUUAUUUAGAAAAAAAAGCAGAUAAAAGCAGUCCUAAGUGAAUCUUUUGCGAAGCAAACAUGGAACUUCUAUUGAACUAAUUAUUUAGUCUGAAAUGUCAUCGUCUCUCUCGCCUUGCACUCUGGUUGUGGGCUUGGGUGAAGCGACGGUUAAUAUUUCAGACUACUGAUUAUUUUUGUUUAAAGCUGUAUGAAAAAUAAAAGACAAGUAAAGAGAAAACUUGGUCACGUGCAACUGACAAAUUGCCAUUUGCUGUAGACAUGAUUUUUUUGAAAAGUGAUUUUUAAGUAUACUUUACGAUGAGAAAUAAAAGUUUUUCAGAUCGGCCACCAGCCAAUUACUUGAAUGUGCAUAUUUCUUUCUUAGCGCACACGCUCGAUACAUGUUUAAACGCAAUUUUGAGUUAAUGAUAAAUUGCGUGACAAUAGGCGCGAACGUCCUUAAAUUAACCGGUGGGCCGGAAGCUCUAAGAACGACUCACAGGAUUGGUUUAGAAAACAAUAGAUAGCCCUAACCCAAACCAUGAAAAUGAACAAUGAACCCCAACUCUGAAACAAUGGAGCUUCGGGCCAACAAGAACCUAGCAAAUUAGAGGUUCUAAAGAGGUUCUGGCCAACAGAAAUUAACCCUUCUUUUUCCGCACGGGUUUCCCAGGCCUUCUUGGUCAAAGCAUUUCUUUUGACACAUUCGCGCUGUCCAUGUGACCGGAAACGAAUAGGCGUACAUGGUAUCUAAGAAACCCAUUCCCAAUCCAAGUGAUAACAAUCAAACUGUUUGCUACUUCAUAUUGGAAAGAGACUAUAAGGAUAGGUGGAACAUAUAAUGGAAGAAGCUCAGGACUUAACGAUUUAGUGGAAACAGCGUUCUGAUUCCGCUUAUGACUCAGUCGUUUACGAUCUAGUGAAAACUAGAUUGUCGAAGUCGCAAGUAGACGCGGAAUAACUAAACCAAUCGCAAAGCGUGGGAAUUUGCAUUGUGAUUGGUUUAUCCUUCCGCUUCUGCUUCCGACCCCGACAAUCUGGUUUUCACUAGAUCUUAAUCACCGCCCGGUUAGCUCAAUUAGAUAAGUGCUUGUCUACCGUGCAGGAGGUCGCGCGUUCAAAUCCCGAUCGGACCAACACUCAGGGUCUUGUAACUGAGGAGAAUGUACUACCUUUGUUUUGACAUCUAGGGUUUGUACAGAGUCUUGAAUUCUUGAAAAAGUCUUGAAAUUUGCCCAGCAAUUUUCCAGACCUGGAAAAAGUCUAGAAAAAUGGUAAAAUGUCUUGAUUUUUUUUUUCAAAGCUAUAGCGAGUGCUAUAUAAGUGGAGUAUUUUUUCGUUUUGGUCAAAUCUUACUCAAUCUCGCCUGUACGUUUGCAGCGCAUCAUGAAAAAAGCUUUAUUACCUAGUCUUUUAAGGUCUCUAUUAAUCACUUAUUUGAUAACCUUAAGUCUGGGAAAAGGAAGUACAGUAUUUUUUUGGUAAAAAGUCUGGAAAAGGUCUUGAAUAUUGGAUCCCAAAAUUUGUACGAACGCUGCACAUCUACAAAUGGUUAGAUUUUCUAGGGGUGCGUUUUUUCAGGAGAAUCCAAAAACGGAUUUGUGAUCUCGUUUGGAUUAUUCAUCAACAAAAAACGGUAGAUCCGAAAAAGGAUCAUUUACCAUGACAACGGCUUGUCCUCAUGCUCCUGUUGGUGAGAAAAAUAGAGGAAAAAAAAACAAACUGAUCCUCGUGACGAAGACAAGAAGGAAAAGCAACAAGCAUAAACUACGUAUGAAUAUACGAAAUGCAUAUAUUUCGGCUUGAAACACAAACGAUUCUCGCAGAGAAAACACGUUAGGAUAGUAAAAUUUAAAAAAAUUAAAACUAAAGCCGAUAAUUUUUUUACUUACUUGCGAAACGUCUUUCCUCUUUUUAAGACUCUUAUAUCUUCUUAAUUGCUGAUCCUCCUGUAGCAAGAAAAUAAAGUAUAGUCAAACUUGUGCUUGUCUGAAGCGUUGCCCUCUUUAUACAGGUCUGAGCUUUGUACAGUCUUACCAAGCUUAAAAGUUGUUUAAAACUGUGCUGGUUUUCAGCGUCACGCGAUUCAAAAUAGAUCAAAAUUAAAAUUAAAACAGAUCAAUAGAUAAAGUCCAGAAUCUGUUAAAUGAAAGGAGGUAAAUAUGCAAAGACCCUCGUCAAGAUUCAGGUCAGAGCAAUAGGGUUAAAUUUUUAUUUAAAAUAGGGACUGAAUUCCCCUCAAGCCUGGACUAUAUUACCCUGGGUACCAGAUAUUUUUUCUCGCGUGCGAGGAGCUUCGUCGGCCGCAGGCCGACACGUCUUCGACCGACACGGGCGGCUAAGCGCAGGUCACUUUUUAAGACUUGACCGAAACCGGAAACCGCGCAUGAAAAGUCUCUGGCACCCAGGGUAGGACUAUAUUAACUUCUCUUAUUAAAAAACCUUUUUUCUUUUUCAUUAAGUUGCAAAAAUGCAAGUUGUAAAGCGGAUAUCUGUUUUACCAGCAAAGCAAGGUUGUGUAUCGUCCCUGAUCUUUUUUGUCAUGCCAAAAGGUUAUUCCAGAACUGGCUCCGAAAAAGAGCAAUAGUAAGUCUUUUUUCCCCGUUGGAGCUGUAAAGAGUCUCAUAUAUAACAGCAAUUGGAAAAGCUGUUCAAAUAGGGUAAAUCAGGAGCCCAUAGGCUCCUGGGUAAAUAAUACAUUUUUGAGCGAUAGUGACCUGAGAUCAGGCUCUAUUUUCGUUUCGAUCUGUAAAUAACAUUCCGCCGGUCAAGGCGAAACGAAAAGAGAGCCUGAUACAAACCUUCUACGAAACGUCUGCCGCCCACUUUUUUGAUUGAUUGACAUGUGCCAGAAAAGAGUGAUAGCCUGGGACUCAAUCUAAGCGCGAACUCAUUUAUGGGAUUGUUAGAGUAGGCACCUUGAACAGGCGAGUUUCGUACCCGCGUGCUCGUUUUUGCGCGAAAGCGAGGCUAUAAAUGCGGGUCACUUCUCACCAAGAAGACAAACAAAGAGACAAAGAUGAGAAAAGUGCGGCUAAGUUGCAGAAAAAAAAGAAAAUUUGAAACGUUGAAAGGUUUUGGAGGUCUCAAAACUUAUUUACAGGCUUGGGAAAUCAUUGUUUCAAACAGCAAAAGGAAAAUCAGCUCGACAUCACUAAGAAAAACAACGAGCCUAACUAGAAAUUAACCAAACAGUGGUCAGUGCCGGAGUGAGUUCAAUGAAAAUGAGAAGAUGGUUUCAAAGUCCUUACACAAGGUAAUACCCUAAAGCCUUUUUAAUGUUAUUUCAGUGAUGGUUAAGACUUCUUUAAGCCAUACCUUCCAUUGGAGUGUACGUACCUGUCGAACGCCUGCGAGUUAAACUGAAACCUUCUUUUUUAGUUGACAUGUUUUGUAACGGAGUGAAUGCAAAAUCUUGUGUAUUUGAAAACAGACGUUCUACAUAAAUUCCUUGCACUGCAAGGAAGUUAAAUAGGUUUAAAGGAAGAUGACUAAAAUACUAUAUAAGUUUAUUUAUACAUAAGCUUACAUUUUUAUUUUAGCUUACAUUAUUUAUCAGUACGCACAUUUCACUCCACAAGAACUCAAACACAGAAUUUUAUACAGACGAUAUACUGAGCAGUUUAAACUCCAUUUUACACUAAACACAAGAGCAAAAUAGAAAACUAAGAAGAAGGAUAAUUAAAGGGAAUAAAUUAUUGUCAUUUUAACAAACUUUGCCCUUUUCAAGCUUAAAAAGUUUACUUCUUCUUUAAGCUUCGUCGCUUUUUUCCUUUCUUCUGUUAAGUACGAUCAGCUUUUCCCAUAAUUUGUUGUUUGCAACAGACAUUCCAUUCGCUUACUGGUAAAGUUUAAGCUUUGAAAUCUUACUAUUUUUGAGAUUUCUAUCGUUUUCCAGCGACUCAGUAGCAAAUUAUCAAUGUUUGUUUUUGUUUUUUUUCAAAGAAGUUCACCCGCAUUAGCCUCGCAAUCGCGCUCUACCCAGGGCCGUCGGGGAAUACGAAACUUGUCAUUUUAUUAUUAUUAUUAUUAUUAUUAUUAUUAUUAUUAUUAUUAUUAUUAUUAUUAUUAUUAUUAUUUACAUCCAACUAGUUGUGUUUUUUAUGCACAAAUAACUUCAGAAACUUCCCGGACCGCGCGUACUUGCCUUUGUACGAGCUGAGAACGUUUUCUUUCCGGUUGUUUUGGUCCUAAGGCAAAGAAGCCAUCUCUGAAGCUUUUUCUCGGUCCAUUCUUCUGUUUUUUCUCGAGUUAAAAUUGCCCCAGGCACAUCUUCAGUUCUUCCUUCAGCUUCACUAGUCAAGUGCAUUUAAUAUUUAGUCCCGUAAGUACACUGUUUGGAAUUUACUAUAAAAAAUCGUCUAAGAAAAUACAUUUUUUUAAAUAAAUCCAGUUAAAUAUUAAAUAUUGGGUAGACGAAACAACAAUACUAAAACUGCAUGUUCAAGUGACCUAUAAACAAAAUGUUAAUCAAUAUUACAAACACACUUUGUAGUUCUGGUGUGUUGCUGUUUUACUGCAGGUCUGAAAAGCUCGCUAAAUUGAAUAAGCGAAAUUAACAAACAGCAAACAGGCAACGAGCGAAGACAACAGUUUUUCUGGUUUGUUUAUUUCUUACGGCGUAUCAUUCGCGAAGAUUUUCGAGUUCUACAGCCGCGCAAUUCAGCCAGGCAAGGAAUAAGAGCUUUAUACUUCCGGUGAUUCCAACAGCCAAUCUGAUCCUGCGACAUUGUUCCAGCAGCAAAUCAGCACUGCGCUCAAAUUUGACCGCAGCAAGCACAAGCGUGUCAGACUUUGCAUCAGGCCCAAUUUUAGCGUGACCACGCUAAAGAGACUGUAUGAGAACUACUAAAAUUGGGCUUGAUCUCAAGUUCAGUAACGCGACAUUAGUUACCUGUAUUCCUGUGUACUUGAAAACGGUAUCUGGCUGUAAAGUUAUCAAAACCAGCAAAUCUAUCGGAAUCACUCAAUUGACACCUGAAUCUGCCUGUUUGGUCAGGUGCGAUUUCAGAGUUGUAAGAAAGGCAGUUCACUUCAUUGUUACAAGCAAAACCACAAGCAGUGUCUGUGGCCACAUCUAUUUCUUUUAUCCCAUAACCGCUCAUGAUCAAUUUAAUUCCUAGACGCAUCGCCCUUGCAAAACUGACAUUUUGAUGGCGCUGAGACAUGAGGAUACUGAGCGGUGCGCUGUAGACCACAUCAGGCAGUUAAGGCCAAAACAAGUACAAGCCACGAGGACAUUGUUUACCUCAACGGAUAGCAACUGUUACAAA